UGAUCUGUCAAUUCACCUCGACUCAAAAUCACUGUAACUGUAAUACCUAAAAUCUUCGGUUUCAGGGUUUAAGAGAGGAUUCUGGACCUUUUUUUAUCACCGGAAAAUGGACAACGCUGAUGAGAAGGUGGUCGCAGUGAUCUUGGUGGCAGGUCCAAGUAAAGGGACUCGAUUUAGGCCUCUUUCUUUCAACACUCCAGAGCCUUUAUUUCCUUUGGCUGGUCAACCAAUGGUUCAUCACCACAUCUCCGCCUGCAAAAAAAUACCCAAUUUGGUCCAAGUUUUUCUUAUAGGAUACUACGAAGAGCGUGAAUUCGCGCUAUAUUGCUCUUCGGUGUCUAAUGAGCUCAAAGUUCCUGUGAGAUAUUUGAAGGAAGAUAAACCACAUGGUUCGGCAGGAAGCCUUUACUACUUCAGGGAUCGAAUCAUGGAGGAAACCCCUUCGCAUAUUUUUCUGCUUAAUUUUGAUGUCUGCUGCAACUUUCCCCUGGCUGAGAUGCUUGAGGCCCAUAAAGCCUAUGGUGGGAUUGGCACAUUGCUAGUUAUUAAGGUUUCUGCUGAAUCAGCCAGCCAGUUUGGCGAGUUGGUUGCUGAUCCGACUAGUCAAGAAGUGCUGCACUACACUGAGAAACCGGAGACCUUUGUGAGUGAUCUGAUUAACUGCGGUAUUUAUGUCUUUACGCCAAACAUUUUUAGCGUCAUCCAGGAAGUAUAUCGGCUCCGGGAAGAAAAAGCAUACACUCGCAACAUACUAAAUUACGAGUCUCAGCAAUUUGCUAUAAGGUCUCUUCCUACAGAUUUUGUUAGGUUGGACCAAGAUAUUUUGUCGCCUCUUGCUGGUAAAAAGCAGUUGUAUACAUACGAGACCUCAGAGUUUUGGGAACAGAUCAAAACCCCUGGAAUGUCUAUCAAAUGUUCUGCUUUGUAUCUUUAUCAAUUCCGCUCCACCUCUCCACAUCUGCUGGCCAGUGGGGAUGGCAACAGAAGUGCUUCUGUUGUAGGAGAUGUUUAUGUUCAUCCAUCCGCUAGAGUGCAUCCUACUGCAAAGAUUGGACCUAAUGUCUCAAUAUCAGCAAAUGUUCGUAUAGCGCCUGGUGUAAGACUCAAGAACUGCAUCGUGCUAGAUGAUGUUGAAAUCAUGGAAAAUGCUGUUGUGGUGAAUGCAAUUGUCGGGUGGAAGUCAUCUCUCGGACGAUGGUCGCGUGUCCAGGCUGACGGAGACUACGACACCAAGCUAGGGAUAACGAUAUUGGGAGAAUCGGUGAUUGUCGAAGACGAGGUUGUUGUGAUAAACAGCAUAGUUCUUCCGAAUAAGGUGCUCAACCUAAGCAUGCAGGAAGAGAUCAUCUUGUGAAGAUUUUGAUAACCAUAAUUUCCUUGGGCAACCAUUGCUACACAAUCAAAGGAUUACUAAUGUUUAUACAUAUUGUAUCUGUUUCCCGACCAACAAAUUUUGCUGUGUGAUAUGUGAGCUUACUUUGUGACGUGACA